AUCUGGAUCAGCCUUAUCAUGUCAGCUAAGCUUAUCAUUUUUGCCGCCCUUGUGGCCGUGGCCCUCGCCCGCCCUGACCAGCCCCCGGCCUAUGGCUAUGCCGCCCCUACACCUGCUCCUGCACCUGCCAAGUACGACUUCAACUACGCCGUCAAGGACGAAUAUUCUGGCAACGACUUCGGUCACCAGGAGGCCCGUGAUGGCUAUGACACCCAGGGAUCCUACUACGUCCUCCUUCCCGACGGUCGUCUGCAGAAGGUCGCCUACACUGUCAACGGCGACUCUGGCUACGUGGCUGAGGUCAGCUACGAGGGUGAGGCCCAGUACCCUGCCGAACAGCCAGCUUACAAGCCCGCCCCCUCAUAUGCCUAAAAGUAUUAUCAAUUUACUUGUAAUAUAAUUUAUUACUCUUUUAUAACUUUGUAAUAAAGUUUCAAAGUAACGA